CCCUGGGCUGGGCCCUGAGCAGCCUGUGCUCUCUUCCCAGCCUUGCCACUGCCCCGCUGGGUGAUCUUGGGCAAAUCUCUUCCUUUCUCUGUGCCUCAGUUUCCCCUCCCACCUUGUGUGGAUUGUGAGUGCUCUCACCCCUGCAGCACAGUGCGCAUGGGGGUGUGUUGGGAGGGGUGCCCAGCAUCGUUCCUCCGGAAUGGGCCGCUUGGAGAGCAGACACGUGUUUGUGGAGUUAGUUUAAAUGUCACUGGAAACAGGUUGCUGUUGGGAGGUGCUUGAAUUCCUCUGCACAGGCGUGAGAGCCGGAAAGGGCGAUGUGGCUGUAGACUGCCAGGUUCUGCUGGCCAAAGCGGGAGGAACAAAGAGAGCAGAGGCUACCAAAGUGGAAGACUUGGUGCAAGAGGUCUUCAGCGCUUACAAGACGAACCACCACGCCUCACAAUUUGUUCUGCAGCGCGAGAAGCAUUUCCACUACUUGAAGAGAGGCCUGAGACAACUGACGGACGCCUACGAGUGCCUGGACGCCAGCCGCCCCUGGCUGUGCUACUGGAUCCUGCACAGUUUGGAGCUGCUAGAUGAGCCCAUCCCAGAGUCUGUGGCUUCGGACGUCUGCCAGUUCCUAAGCCGGUGCCAGAGCCCCAGCGGUGGGUUCGGAGGAGGGCCGGGCCAGCACCCCCAUCUCGCUCCCACCUAUGCCGCUGUCAAUGCUCUCUGCAUCAUCGGCACCGAAGAGGCCUUCAGCGUCAUCAACAGGGAGAAGCUCUUGGAGUAUCUGUACUCGCUGAAACAGCCCGAUGGCUCCUUCAUCAUGCACGUGGGAGGUGAAGUGGAUGUCAGGAGCGCAUACUGCGCCGCCUCAGUGGCUUCGCUGACCAACAUCAUCACGCCCACGCUCUUCGCAGGGACUGCCGAGUGGAUCGCAAGGUGCCAGAACUGGGAGGGUGGCAUUGGCGGAGUCCCGGGCAUGGAGGCCCACGGAGGAUACACUUUCUGUGGCCUGGCAGCGCUGGUCAUUCUGAAGCAGGAGGACUCACUGAAUCUGAAAUGUUUGUUACACUGGGUCACGAGCCGGCAGAUGCGCUUUGAGGGCGGUUUCCAGGGCCGCUGUAACAAGCUGGUGGAUGGCUGCUACUCGUUCUGGCAGGCGGGCUUGCUGCCCCUCCUCCACCGAGCACUGCAUGCCAAAGGCGACCCUGCCCUCAGCAUGACGCACUGGAUGUUCGACCAGCAGGCACUGCAAGAGUACAUCCUCCUGUGCUGCCAGUGCCCUGCUGGGGGGCUGCUGGACAAGCCGGGCAAGUCACGGGAUUUUUAUCACACCUGCUACUGCCUGAGCGGGCUGUCGAUAGCCCAGCACUUCGGCAGCGGAGACCUGCUCCACGAGGUGGUGCUGGGAGUUCCUGAGAAUCGCCUGCAACCGACGCACCCAGUGUACAACAUCUCCCCCGACAGAGUGGUGCAGGCGGUCAUGCACUUCCUGCGGCAGCCCGUCCCCAGCAUGCCGGCGGCGGAGGAGGCGACAGGGGCUGCUGGAGACUAGAGGUGGCUGCUCCCUUCGCGGAGGCUGGACAGAAGGGCUCUCCCUGCAGUCGGAGCGCAGCGCGGAGCCCACCCCGCGGGGCGAUCCUUGUGGUUGGAGAGCGGGACAGACAGAGCACUCCCCCCUUGGGCCGGUGCGAGCUCAGGGCACUAGCCAGACCAAAAAUAGCCACGUCGGCCCCCUGCCAUAGGCGCCCUGGGCCCCACUAACCUUCCUGCCAGGAGCAAAGCUGCUCUGAAAUAACGGGCUGUGAACGUUUUAGCAUCAAUAAACCAGAACUGGUUCCUUGGCACCAUACUAAA